ACUUUGUAGCAAACAAAAACUAAUAUAAGAGACAUGUCUUCUAACAAGUUCAUAACACCUUCUUCAACACAACUUUCCUCCAAUAUGGAGCUCCAAUUCCCACCCAUUCCUCUCCUCUUAGCCUCCCUCCUCUUCAUCUGCAUUCUAGUCAAGAACAUGAAGAGAGCCAAACCCAAAAACUCUAUUCCAAAACUACCCCCGGGGCCAAGGAAACUACCUAUCAUAGGAAACAUUCACCAACUUCUUGGCUCAUCACUAGCCCAUCACACAUUGAAAAAAUUGGCCACAAAAUAUGGACCCUUGAUGCACCUUCAACUCGGCGAAAUGUCCACCAUUGUCGUCUCUUCACCAGAAAUUGCCAGAGAGGUUUUGAAAACACACGACAUAGUCUUUGCGCAAAGGCCUUACUCUUUUGCUUCUAGGAUUCUCUCUUAUGAUUCUCAAAACAUUGUCUUUUCCCCGCAUGGCGAUUACUGGAGGCAAAUGCGAAAAAUUUGCAUAAUGGAGCUUCUGAGCGCGAAGCGAGUCCAAUCAUUUCGAGCAAUUAGGGAAGACGAGGUCUUGAAUCUAGUCAAAUCGAUUUCUUUAAACAAGACAUCGCCGAUCAAUCUUACCAAGAAGAUUUUCUCGCUCACAUAUGGCGUUACUGCUAGAGCGGCUUUUGGUGGGAAAAGCAAAGGCCAAGAAGCGUUCGUUUCAAUUGUUGAGGAAGUUGGAGACUUGACAGGUGGUUUCACCAUUGUUGACAUGUACCCAUCGGUGAAAUUGUUUCAAGUGAUCAGUGGAAUGCGACGUACACUCGAAAAGAUGCAUAAAAGGAUUGAUCAGAUACUUGAAAACAUUUUGAAUGAGCAUAGAGAAAGAAAGAGAAUAACAGAAAGUGGUAAAGGGGAAGCAGAGGAGGAUCUAGUUGAUGUUCUUUUAAGGAUUCAGAAGCAUGGUGACCUUGAAUUUCCAUUGACAGACAACAACAUCAAAGCAGUCAUCUUGGACAUUUUCAGUGCGGGAAGCGAGACAUCAUCAACAAUUGUAGACUGGGCAAUGUCAGAAAUGCUAAAAAACCCAGAAGUAAUGAAAAGAGCACAAGCCGAAGUACGAAGUGUAUUUGACAAAAAAGGAAAUGUUGAUGAAACACGCCUCCACGAUUUAAAAUACUUAAACUCAGUAAUUAAAGAGACCUUGAGGCUACAUCCCUCAGCUCCAUUGUUAGUUCCAAGGGAAAGCGGUGAACAAUGUACGAUUAAUGGAUAUGACAUACCUGCCAAGACCAAAGUCAUUGUCAAUGCUUGGGCAAUUGGCCAAGACCCCAAAUAUUGGAACGAAGCAGAGAAAUUUGAUCCCGAGAGAUUUUUUCACAGUGAAAUUGAUUUCAAGGGGAGAGAUUUUGAGUUUAUUCCAUUUGGUGCUGGAAGGAGGAUAUGUCCCGGGAUAUCGUUUGCGAUUCCUAAUAUUGAGCUUCCACUUGCACAAUUGUUGUAUCAUUUCGAAUGGAAACUCCCCGAUGGAAAGAAUCAUGAAGAACUAGACAUGGAAGAGGACCUUGGUUUGAUUGUGAGAAGAAAGAAUGAUCUGAUCUUGAUUCCCAUUCCUUAUGAUCAAUCCUCUUUCUUCUGUUGAAUAAGAUCAGAAAGAAAAUAUGCUAGAUGCUAAUUUUGUAUUGUACACACUACUCUACAUGAGAGAACUCUGAAAUAAGGUCAAUGUUUCAAAUGAGUGAUUGUUUUAACGGAUCAUAUGUAUGUGUUUUUUGAUUGGCAGAUCAUAUGUAUGUAUGUUCAAUCAAUUUAUGCUUUUUUAUAUAGUAGAAGUGUAUGAGGAGCUUUAAGUA